CGAUCUUGAAAGCGCUGCACCGCUGAAAAGAUCCGCCGUCACUUUCACCCGACACCCGCGCGACACCAACGCACCUUCACUUUGAUAAAUCUCACUGCGAUUCGACAUCCAGAUUCUGGUCGACCCGCAUUUGACCGAGCAAAUUGUAGCCGUCGUGACGUCUGCCUUGCUCACGACCAUCAUCUGCAACUGCCCGCGCAUCUGUUUGCACCUCUUAUUCCGACCUUACCCACACCAUCUUACACAGUCUACCUUCCUGGUCUUGUGCCGCCACGACUAGUCUCCACGAGCAUCGGAUCAGUCGCAACCAUACCCAGACACAACACUUGAACUGGUGAAGCGCAAGACUUGCGCUCGUGUCUCGGCACGCCAUGGGGAGGAUCAAGAAGACCGCCACUGAGCGUCAUCUGGCGACUAUUUCUCCGUACAUCACCACCUUCAUCAAGGCCCUGGUUGAGCUACCUCUGCACCAGCUGCCCGCGCAUAUCGCCACCUUUCCACACCACUGGCCCUUUCCUAGAGGCGACCUCUACCACUGGAUUGCACCGUUAAAUCGCUUCGACCGAAUUCUCGAGGCUUUCACCACUGUUUAUGCUUUGGACAAGGGCCCGCAGACACAGCCGUUUGAGCUACGGCUACUACAGAAGGGCGAUGCUGAGGAUGGAUCAGUGACCGAAGUUUCGGUGCAAGAGCUCGAGAGAUGCGGAUACUCGGCGGACGGAGAUCGCGAGCUCAUCGAGAGCGUGCUCAACUUUACUCGAAUCCUGCUUGAGCGCUGUGGCAACCGCAGCCUGUACGCUAGCAGCGCACAUCUCAACCACCUACUCAACACCGUCUCCCUCAGCCUGCUCAAGAUUACUCUGCGUGUGUGUUUGCGCUUGGCCCAGAGAUACCAUACCUCACGCAUGCGUAUGGUUUCGCCACAUUCCCUCCACAACUUGCUGGCUAGCCACUACAGCAUCAACCUGGAUCGCAUUCAGAAGCUUGCCAACCCUUUCCCCAAGAAGCCCUUGACCACUUCCAUCUUCGGCCAGACCCCAUCUAAGAUCAAGGAGAAGGAAGACGCCGUCAAGCCUGGCGUCAACACUUCCGACAUCGAAACUUUGGUCAAGGCUAAGGACGUGCCUCUAUCAUACAAGGAGGAGCUCUCUAGCGUCCACUUGACAUAUUACGACAAGACUGACGCAUCUGCACCUGCAUCAUCUGUCGAAAUCGGCGCUCCCAACACGCCUGACUCUCCCAUGCCCCCUGUCACGCCCACUCCCGCUCGUCGUACUUCAAACCUUGGUCCGGGCUCGACACGUAUUGAGCGCACUCCGGUCAACACGGAUGCGCCCGAGACUCCCAUCCGUCCUCAGCAACAGCCCGAAAGCCCUUCGGCCGGGCCCAAGGUCUUUGAACUUUCUUCUGCUCAAAUUUCUGGUAACGAAGCCUGGAAGAUUAUGGAGGAGAACCUCACCAAUGUGCCAGAGGAAAACCAAUUCGAUUUGCUACACAGGGUCCGAGUGGCAUCUGCUUUCCAGACAUCCAGAGCGGCGGUUCACGAUCUAGUUGCUGUCAGAAUUCUGGCAAUCUCCAAUUUAUCGUAUGUUUAUGGCGAGACAACGUUCCACCAACGUAUCGGUCAACCAGACUCCGAAGAGCCUCGCCGCACUCAGCUGGCACAGCAACUCACAGAUAUGCUCCAACCUCCUAGUUCAGGCCAAGAAGAAGUUUCUCGCGAGAUGACCGUCAUUGUCAUCCAAGCUCUUGAGGCCCUGGCGAAGUGCAAGACCAAGGCCUCUGAAGUUGCCAACGCUCUUAACAUUACUGUUAGCCAUGGUGUCCUCUUCUACGUCCUGAGAAAGGUUCUUGCUACGCUUGGUGAUGAGCAGAUUCCUGCCCAAGAGCACGAAUGGUGUAAAAACGUCUUCGAGCUGGUGAUGACUCUUACCCCUGCAGCACCACACCCACAACGUAACGCCGAUGUUCUCGUGGCAGCUGGCUUCGUUGAUAUUUUGGUUGACAUUCUCAAGCUUCGUACGAAGCAGGCUGAAAUCUACUUCCCGCUUGCUCUUGGCUUCUUCGAGAGUUUCAUUCACAACGGAGUGAGAGAUGCAUUCCAGGCAAUGGUCAACGCCAAAGGCUUGGAUGUACUUGCUAAUCUCAUCGCUUUUGAGGUUCACCGUUCUCUCGAGGCUGCCCAGAACCAAGGAGGUCUACGAACUGAUUACAAGACCAAGAUAACCGACUAUCAGAUUCCUUUUGAUUCUCAGCAAACUCUGCGCUCGCUUCUCAAGUUUGUGUCGCACAUGUAUGGCCACAACAUCGGCACGGACGACCGUCUUUUACGCAACUUCAUAGAUUCGCCUCCACUUCUCGAAGCACUUCGCACUAUCUUCACCAACGCCUCCGUCUUUGGCUCUAAUGUAUGGAGUGGCGCUAUGAACAUCCUCAGUGCCUUUAUCCACAACGAGCCGACCAGUUACCAAGUCAUUGCCGAAGCAGGCUUGAGCAAAGGCUUCCUCGAAGCUGUCACCCAGCAAACCAUCACCGUUUCCGAUGUGGUAGUCGAAAAUGCCGAUAGGGAAGACGAAGACGAAGAGCUUGAAGACGUAUCUACUGAUAAGGUAGUCCACGAGCCCAUUGUCACGGAUUCUGGAAACGAUGGACCUUCAUCAGAAGAGACGGCCAAAGCCCCAGGUAUCCUCCCGGUAGGUGAAACUAUGCGAGAGAUACCCACGGCUUUUGGCGCCAUCUGUCUCAACGAGAACGGCAUGCGCAUGUUCCAAGCAUCCCAAUCCCUAGAAAGGUUUUUGGAGAUAUUCGAGAGCCCCGAGCAUGUCAGCGCCAUGGAAGAAGACUCUGAGGUUCCCACAUUCAUCGGACAAGCGUUUGAUGAACUGACACGCCACCAUCCUCAACUCAAAGAAAGAACCAUCAACGCUGUCGUUGUUAUGAUUCGCAAUGUGUUGACCAUCUGUCAGCGUCGGGCUGCAGACAAGGGUGUUGGCGCUAAGCUCUGGCUUCCAGGAGACAAGGACUUGCACGUAGCAGGAGGACGCGCCGCGUUGCAGGGUUUGACUGUGUCUGAGGCUGAAGACGCCGAGGAUGCCGAUGACACCAAUUUCCACGACCGCGCCCAAGCUGCAUCGACUGGCUCGAAGGCGACUGCCACCGAGUCUGAACUCGAGAAUGAUACUCUUGUCAAGGGUCGCAGUGGCGGUCAAGCUACUUCGGACUUCAUAACGGUGGCUUGCAGAUUUCUUAGUGCAUUCUUCCACAACCAUGGAAUCACAACAGCCUUCUGCGAGGCAGCUGGUGCUGAGAUUCUGCUCGACAUGGCCACUGCUGCUUGUAAUCCAUACAACUUCCAUGAGACCCAUGCCCAGCGAGAGCUCAUUCAGGUGUUCUUGCACUUGGCGGAACACAAACCUCAUCUCGUUCUCCCUUCCCUGGCUCGGCGCACACAACUAGCUCUGUUCCAGCUAAGACCAUUGAUCGAACACCGCCCUGGAAAGACCUACUUUAGUGACUUGACAGACUCCACUAUCUCGGAUCCAAGCUCUCAAAAUCUCGUAGUCUUGAACUCGACAUACACAGCCAAGGCAAUGGUUCAGAUUCAGUUCUUGUGCCAGGUCCUGUCCACGGUUUUGUCCAGUCACGUGUACCAUGCUGGUCGUCAAGUCCCACACCACUUUUUCGGUCAAGUUAAUUUGACGGAUGUUUAUGUCGACCUGAUCGAUGACCUCGGCCAGUUGUACUCGUCAUGUGUCUUUGAGGCCAUCACUAUGCGCAACAACAUGCCCGAAGACUGGAGAAAGCAGAUACACAUUUCCGGAAUGAGCUUUGACCACAGUGAGGCCGACAAUGUCAUGGGUCUUUCCGCUUCAAGCAACUCGCAGUCCAGCAAUGCUGAGACAGGUUCGUCACAAGCAGAACAGCAAGAGGUCGAAGCCAAGAAGAUUGGGGCACGCAACACUGGUCAAUUUAAGAACUGCCAGAUUCUGGCUUCUCUAUCCAAUCAGGUGUCUACAGGCGUGUUGUCUUUCUUCCAAGCCGUAGGCAAAUCGCUGCUUUGGAAGCAUUCAUCGCGGACCAGCUUCAGUGAUUACCAAAAGCAGAACGCUGGCAAGAUGGCCGAGCACUUAGCAGGCGCAUUGAUUGAUCACAUAGCCACUCCUCAACCGUCGACCGUGUCAGAAGUGGAUCGUGUGGCGUACGACAUCGUGGUCUUGACUUCCACGCUGCAGGCUUUGGUUGAUGAGCGAAAGACCACUCGCACCAACGGUACCCAUCGCGAAGUCUUCACUUUAGUGCUGCUCGCAUUUUACCGCAAGGGUGGCUUCAAGGAACUUGAGACUCGUCUGCUGCAAUUCAGCAAGCUCAUCGAACAGCACAAGGAGAAUUCUCAGGACACUUCUUCUUCUGACACUGUCACAUCAUCUAAGCGUAUCCAUGCUUUGGCACUUGCUGGUAUUGACAAGAUCCUUGAGUUCUACAACAAGAUCUGUCAUUCGAAGAACAUCACCGACGCUCAGCAGACUACUGUCAUGUCUGUUAGAGAUCGCCAGAAGAGCGAAUUCUUUUUGGGUGCACAGUUUGUGGUAGAGCUUCGCAACGUUGUCUUGCCCCAAGUCAGCCAAAUGUGGAAGUCUUCCGUCAUGGAGGCUUUGCCUGCGCACAGCGUCAAAUCAGUCGUCGAUCUCCUCAAACUCGUACUUGAAGGUGACGGAGAGUCCAAUGCUGUCAAGCGUAGCGAGAACCUGAAGCGUCGUGUCGCUGCCGAACCUCGUAAGUGGAAGAUCCGCUCAGAGUCCAAGGAUUUAUUGAAGACCGAAGGCCUUGAUGAAGAUCAGCUUUGCGUUGAGGCACUGUACCGUUGCAACAACAAUGCGACGGCGGCUAAGGAGUAUUACAUUCUUCGAAGGGACAACCCCGACAAUCACAUCCCAUGUCUCCCUCUUCCAGCUGAUGAAGAGCCUCAGCCACCUGUCCAAGAGCAGUCUGGUGACGCUGCAAACCCAUCAGCCGCGUCUCAGAGUGUGCCUUCCGUCGAGAUGCAGGAUGCAGACGAAGCGGAGUCAAGUACGCAUGACACUGAUGGCGAUCGCUCUGAAGCUGAUCUGCUCUUGGGUAGUGGCAACCGCCGCAUGAUGCUACCCCAAGACAUGCUCAGCGGUGGCAUUGCGGAAGUUCUUUCUCAUGCUCUAGGGGGUGGUGAGGAACUGAUGCGUGCUCUUCCAGUUCAUCAACGCUCAUCGGAUGAUGCUCAAAGGCCCGCCGAUAUUGUGACAGAAGAGAGCUUUGUGACUGUUGAAGAUCUUGACGAGAAGCGCAAGGAUAUUCGAGAUGGUCUCAUUGACAGAUGUCUCGAUGUCCUCAAUACUCAUACCGACGUCACCUUCGAACUUGCAGACCUGAUCACAGCUGCUAUCGCCAAGGCUAGCCAAGAUCAAUCCUCAAAGGUCGAAAUUGGUGAGACUCUGGUCAACUCUCUGAUGUCUCUUAGACCUGAGGAAGGUACACCGCUUGAAGGCAAGAAGAUCGCUUCCUAUGCUCACCUGCUCGCCCUGGUCAUUCAAGAUCGUGAGUUUUUUGAGGCAUCCCUCGAAACCCUCAAGGAAAACUUCGAAUAUUUCGGCGGCUUCAUCAAGAUGUUCCAAGGACAGAAGCCGGACGAAACCUCGCCUUGGGUUAGCAACGUGCUUCUCAUCAUCGAACGCGUUCUGGCUGAAGAUGAGAAGCCUCAGCAAAUCCAAUGGGUUACACCACCUUUCGAGGAUCCCCACAAGGAACAAGGCAUUGUCGAGCUCAAGGCUCCUGUUGUACCCGACGAGGACAAGUCAACAGUCUUUGAUGCUCUUGUCGAGAUUCUGCCCAAGAUUGGAAAGGACGAAACCCUUGCACUCUCAGUCACGCGUACACUUGUGAUCUUGACUCGUCGUCGUGCUCUUGCUAAGAAGCUUGGUGAAAAGUUGUCGAUUCAGAGACUCUUCGUUAUGGUCAAGCAACUUGCGGGCGUCGGAGGCGAACGCCUUCAGAGUACCUUCCUUCUAUUGCUUCGCCAUAUCAUUGAAGACGAUGAGACGAUCCGCCAGACCAUGCGUACCGAUAUUCAAGCGACUUUCGAGAGUAAAGGCAUGGGUAGAUCCUAUGACACUACACUCUACACACGAACACUCUUCUAUUUGGCAUUGCGCAGUCCCGAAAUCUUUGUCGAAGUCACCAAUGAAAAGGUUCAACUCGCGAGAUGGGAUCAGAGCCGCGCUGGUGGCGCACAGCCACUGAUGCUGAAGAAGGCUGAUAAGUCUGAGGAGACCAGCAAGGUAGAAGGACCCGCUGCAGGCGACUCAAGCACUGCACCCGAACGACCUACUAUCGAGCGUACCAAGACUGGUGAUCUCAAACCUCCAUCAAUUGAAAACCCUGACGGCGUUAUUCAGUUUUUGUUGAAGGAGCUUUCUUCAUACAAGGAUGUGGAGGAUAAGGAGGUUCAACCUCCCAAGCCUAUCCCUUCGGAUGCUCCUGCUGUCUCUACUCCUUCGGACGUCGAGAUGUCCGACUCAACUCCCACGCCCGCCGCUGAAACCACUCCUGCUCCUUCCACUGAACCUGAACCGAAGCAGUCAGACAAGCCAGUGUUCAAGGCCGGAGAACACCCGAUAUUUGCAUACCGUUGCUUUAUCCUGCACUGCCUUGUAGAGCUGCUCGGGUCCUACAAUCGCACCAAAGUCGAGUUCAUCAACUUCUCACGCAAGGCCGAAUACCAAGUCUCCACGCCAUCCAAGCCUCGCUCUGGUCUUUUGAAUUACUUCCUCACCAGUCUCAUACCGGUUGGUAGUUUGAGCCACCCCGAAGACAUCGUUGCCAAAAAGCGAUCUGCGACUGCCAACUGGGCCAUUAACACGCUCGUGGCACUUUGCUCGAAGACAAAUGAGCGUGUGAUCGGUCUGAAGCUUUCAACCAGCGACGAAGAGUCUGAUCUGGCCUACGUCCGCAAGUUCGUUCUGGAACAUGCACUCAAGGCCUACAAGGAUGCUAUGGCAUCUUCGGAACCUCUCGACCAGAAGUAUGCUCGUCUUCUUAGCUUGAGCAACCUCUUUUAUCGUAUGUUGACCGGCAAACAACAACCUGGCAGCAAUCACUUCAUGCUCGAGAUGGUAACCGUCUCUCAAAAGCAGCUUGGUCGCUUCAUGUACGAGAAGAACUUCAUCACCGCGUUGACAUCAUCCAUCGCCGAGCUCGACCUGAACUUCCCGGGCGCCAAGCGUGCAGUCAAGUACAUCCUUCGCCCUCUCAAAUUGCUGACCGACAUUGGUGUCACUCUGAGUAUCUCUGGUGAUGUCUCUGCGCCUGGCACUACUGAGGAUGAUGAGAUUUCUUCUGCCACUUCCAUCUCUGACGACGAGAACGAGCGUGAGGAGACCCCUGACUUGUUCCGUAAUUCCACCCUCGGCAUGUUUGAAGCUGCAAACAGUGACGACGAUGACGAUGAGUCAGGCUCGGACGAAGCUGAGGAAUACUACGAGGGUGACGAGUAUGGCGAAGAAAUGGACUACGACGAGUACGAAGAAGGUGGUCCUGGCAUGCAUGAAGGAGAUGUCGUCAGUGACGAAGACGAUGAUAUUGAGGGCAUGGGCCCGAUAGAAGGUCUGCCCGGCGAUAUUGAUGUCGAAGUGGACAUGGAUGAGGACGACGAGAGCGGCGAAGAUGACGACGACUCUGACAUGGACGAAGCCGACUCAGAUGAGGGCGACGACAUCGAAAUCAUCGACGAAAUCACCGGCGAUGAUGAAAACGCCAGCAUGGUCGAAGAUGACGAUGAUGAAGACGACGAUGAUGAGGAGGACUGGGACGACGACGAUGACGACGAUGGUGAUGAUCCUUACCACCACGGUGCUCUUCCCAUGGACGCUCUGGUACCUCCUCACGGCGGUCCAUUCGGUGGAGCCAUUCCUGUCCUUGACGACGAUCGUUCAGACGUUAUGGACCAACUGGAAGGUGACGAGCCUCUCAUGACACUUGAUAUGGGUGGUCCAGAGCAAUACUUCGAGGAAGAAAUGGCCGAAGACGAUGAGGACAACGAGGAGGACGAAGACGAAGAGGUCCUUGGCUACGAACCCGAGCACGACGACCCGGAGAACGAUGAGAUGGAAUGGGGCUGGGAGACUGCCGCUAUGCCUUCAGCACAUGGAUGGCGUCGUCCUGGUGUUCCUUUCUACACUAUGGAAGAUCAGCCAAUCGGACUUCCACGCUCGCAUCGUGGAGGUGCUACUAGCCGCGGCGACGAGGAUGGUACAAACCCUCUUCUUCAACGAUCAGGCCGUCACGCGAAUGCUGGUGGUCUACCUUUCCCUGGUGACAUGCACGACUGGCUACAUCAUGGACACCGUCCUAGACUUGGUGGACAAGACGGGCUCUCUUUUGUCAGCGAUCUCAUCCAGAUGGUUGGCCCUUCAGGAGCCAGAAUCAGUGUCGUUGAUGGUACCGGAGCUCUUGGUUUCCCGUCAGCAGCUCUGGCUGGUGGUAUGCCGCCUGCUGUCUUCCACAUUGCCGGUGGUCCCGGUAGAUUCGGGAUGUCUGACAUCCGUGCUCUUCAGCGAAUGACAAGAGGUCUUACCGGUCGUGAAGCUCAUUCGAGCGGCAGAUCUUCUUCAAGCGAUCCUACUGCAUCCGUAGCAUUCCAGCCUACAAUUACAACUACGCGAUGGCAAGAAGAGGCCCGCUUGUUGUUUGGCCACCUCGCCCUCGACACUGCCAUGAAGCUCGUCGACUCGUUGUUGCGUCAUCUCGUUCCACCUGCUAUGGAAGCCAAACGUCAAAAGGACAAGGCUGAUGCCGAACGCAAGGUCGCUGAGGAAAAGGCUCGUGAGGAGGAACGCCAAAAGGAAGAAGCAGAGCGCCUCGAGCGCGAGGCUCGCGAACAGCGGGAGCAAGAAGAACGUGAAGCCAAGGAGGCUGAGGAGGCCGAAGCUCGUGCCCGCGAGAGAGUAGAACGCGGCGAGCCCGCAGAAGGCACUGAUAGCAUGGAAGGCAUUGAGCAGCCUGCCGGAGAAGACGCCGCGGAAGCCGCGCCUAGGGUCGUCACCAAUAUCCGCGGCAGAGAGAUGGACAUCACACAUCUCGGCAUCGAUCUGGAGUACCUCGACGCACUGCCUGAAGACAUGCGCGAGGAAGUCAUCAUGCAGCAGUUCCAGGAGCACCGUGCUCAGGAACGCACUCAAGAUACCAGCACUGGACAACCCAGUAGGUCUAGUGAGAUCAACCGCGAGUUCCUCGAUGCAUUGCCACCGGACAUUCAACAAGAGUUGCUUGCUUCCGAAGCAGCAGACCGUCGCCGUCGUGAACGUGACGAGCAGCGUCGUAGAGCAGCCGCCAGCGGUAAUGCCCCCGUACCCCAAGCCGGAGAUAUGGAUAUGGCCGACUUCUUCGCAACAUUGAACCCUACUCUCCGUCAACAGGUACUCAUGGACGCAGAUGCCGGCACACUUGCUGGCUUCCCUGCAGAGUUCCAGGCUGAGGCACGUGCCCUGCUCGGUAACAUUCAACGAGUACGCGGUGCACGUGAAAGACGCGAAAGCGGUCGUCCUCAAGAUGAACAGGAAGCUCCCGAACCUGAGGAACAGCGUGUCCGCAGACCUGUCAUUCAAAUGCUUGAUAAAGCUGGUGUGGCCACACUCCUGAGAUUGAUGUUCGUCGCCAUGCAGGACAGCGCACGCACCACAAUGCAGGCAAUCUUGUCAGACAUCUGCAAGAACACCCAGAACCGCGCCGAGGUUAUCAGCAUUCUUCUUUCUAUCCUUCAGGAUGGAAGCGCCGAUGCCAAUGCUCUGGAGAAGAGCUUUGCCCACCUUACUCUUCGUGCCAAGCAGAUGUCGGGACAGAAGACACCACAGCCCCUGAAGCGCAGUCUGACUGGUUCGCAAUUCACAUCGCCCAGCACAGACAUCUCGCCUCUUAUGAUUGUCCAGCAGUGUCUCUCCACUCUUACUCAUCUUGCCAACGAGAACCCUCGUGUCAGCUCCUUCUUCCUCUCCGAGCAUGAGACCAGUAUCAGCCAGAGAGCCAAGUCUGCAAAGAAGGGCAAAGGCAAGGAGAGCAAGGCCGCCAAGUAUCCUCUCAAUGCACUGCUUACUCUCCUCGACCGCAAGUCUAUCAUCGAGAACUCUUCUGUUAUGGAGGCCCUGGCUUCUCUCCUCAUUCGCGUUACCGAGCCGCUGAAGAUUCUUCUCAGAAAGGCCAAGGAUGCCGAAAAGGAGAAGGAAAGGGCAGCUGAGGCCGCUAAUGCAGCUGCCGACGUCCCUAUGACUGAAGGUGAAGCUUCGACCACAACCGAGACUCCCGCCGAGGCUGACAAGCCUCAAGAGCCUGCCGCAAAGCCUGAAGAAAAGAAGAAGCACAGAGAUCUUACUCCACCUGAGGUGCCGGAAGAGAACCUCCGCUUGGUUGUCAACAUCAUUGCUGCUCGUGAAUGCAAUUCCAAGACCUUCCAGAGCACAUUGGACAUCAUCAACCAUCUCUCGGCUAUUCCUGGUGCCAAGGACACCUUCGGCAAGGAACUGGUCCACCGUGCUCAGGACUUGGGUGAUGCUGUUCUUGUUGAUCUUCAGCAGCUGGCUCCUCAAAUCCAGAACGCCAAGACGAGCACUGACAUCCAAGGCAUUGCUCUUGCCAAUUUCUCACCUGCUAGUUCUCACCAGAGCAAGUUGCUACGUGUCUUGCUGGCUCUCGAUUACCUCUUUGAUCCCAGGCGUUCUGUAUCUCAUGACAGACAAGCUUCCUCUUCAGCUGAUGCUUCUCCCUCAAAGGCCCGCCAGGAUCUGCUGUCGACGCUCUACGAGACAUCGACAUUCGCUAAGCUCUGGUCCAAUCUGAGCGACUGCCUCACUGCAAUCCGCCAACGCGGUAACAUGAACAACGUGGCCACUAUCCUUCAGCCAUUGAUUGAAUCCUUCAUGGUCGUCUGCAAGAAUACCACUUCCAAGGAGGCCAACCUUGCUGCAUCUCAAGAGCUGUCAGCUGGUACGCCUCAGCCAGACUCGCGCAUCGAGAAGUUGUUCUUCUCCUUCACUGAGGAGCAUCGCAAGAUCCUCAAUGAUCUUGUCCGCAAUAACCCCAAGCUCCUCAACGGUACAUUCGACGUUCUAGCCAAGAACUCCAAGGUGCUUGAAUUUGACAACAAGCGCAAUUACUUUACUCGUAGAAUGCACACUCGCAACGCUGAGGAUCGUAUUGCUCAUCCUUCGGUGCAGCUCAACAUUCGCCGUGACCAGAUCUUCAUGGACUCCUUCAAGAACCUCUACUACAAGUCGCCUAACGAAAUCAAGUAUGGCAAGCUCAACAUUCGCUUCCACGGUGAGGAAGGUGUCGAUGCUGGCGGUGUUACCAGAGAGUGGUUCGCUGCUCUCUCCAGACAAAUGUUCAAUCCCGACUACGCCCUCUUCAACCCUGUUGCCUCGGACAGAACCACCUUCCAUCCCAACCCCAUGAGUGACAUCAAUCCUGAGCAUCUCACGUUCUUCAAGUUUGUUGGUCGCAUCAUCGGAAAGGCUCUGUACGAGGGACGUGUUUUGGACUGCCAUUUCAGCAGAGCCGUGUACAGACGUAUUCUUGGCAAGCCAGUCUCGCUCAAGGAUAUGGAGACUCUUGAUCUUGAUUACUACAAGUCCCUCUGCUGGAUCCUUGAGAAUGACAUAACUGAUGUUACCUUUGAGACUUUCUCCGUUGAAGUUGACAGAUUUGGAGAGACUGAAACUGUUGAUUUGAUCGAGAACGGUCGUGACAUUCCUGUCACCGAGGAGAACAAGCAGGAGUACGUGCGCCUGGUGGUCGAACAUCGCCUGAUAAAAUCAGUCGAGGAGCAACUUGAGCAAUUCCUCAAGGGUUUCCACGAAAUCAUCCCCGCCGAACUCGUCGCAAUCUUCAAUGAGCAGGAACUUGAACUUCUCAUCUCUGGUCUGCCGGACAUUGAUGUCGACGACUGGAAGGGCAACACCGAUUACCACAACUACCAGCAAACUUCUCCUCAGAUCCAAUGGUUCUGGCGCGCAGUUCGCAGCUUCGACAAGGAAGAGAAGGCCAAGCUCUUGCAAUUCGUUACCGGUACCUCCAAGGUCCCUCUCAACGGCUUCAAGGAGCUUGAGGGUAUGAAUGGGUUCACCAAAUUCAACAUUCAUCGUGAUUAUGGUAGCAAGGACCGUUUGCCUAGCAGUCACACCUGCUUCAACCAACUCGACCUUCCUGAGUACGAAACUUACGAGCAACUCAGACACCAGAUGUACACUGCCAUGACACAAGGCAGCGAGUACUUCGGUUUCGCCUAAACUCACUCUUCUCUCGACACACCACGAUACACAAAACAUUUCACACUAUUCAUGACGAUUCGCAUUCCCAAAGGCGUUUUCCUUCUUGACACUUUCUCGGAGCAAAAAGGGAGGGAGUUUGUUGCUUCUGGCGUCGUCUUUCCCAACGUGCUUUUUUUUUUGCCGCGUCGAACAGAGCAUCAGUCUUCUCUAUACACUUUUUCUCUUCGCAAUGCCUAGACUUGAAAUUGCAGGAAGAAACCAAGGACAUGGCGUGCAGGUCUGGACUUGGACUGACCUUCCUCGCGAAGAGGUCUGGCGAUGGAAGGGAAAUGAAAGAGGACGAGCUGCUGUUCUUCUUUAGCUUUAGUUUCUUCUUUGACAAUACUACUUUUCCCUCUUGUU